AUGGCAUUUAAGUGUCCAGAAGUAGAUGAGAAAAACAGUAAAAGUAAUGUAUUCAAACUUAAGUGUGCUGAUAAGAUCUUUAAGCCAUUUCUUAAUCAUUUUAGUCAUUUUGAUAAAUUAGACGAUAAAUGUUUGGAUCAUAUUAACAAAAUUAAAGAUCCCAUAUUAAAAUACAUUUCUGUAUACCUUGUACAAUAUUAUAAAGAUGGCUAUGAAUAUUAUAAAGAUAGUGAAAAAAAAGAGAGAGACGCAGCUUGCCAAUAUCUCAAACUAUGGUUACAUGAACAAAAAGAUUUAUUCACGUAUGGUGGGAUGUGUACUAUAAAGCUGUGGUUGUGGAAUAAUCAUAUUAGAACUCUGUGGACAUUGUUAGAAGAAGACUCAUAUCACCUUUAUAGAGAAUAUGACACAAUGCACGAAUGGUGCAAAUAUUAUGGGUACCAAUAUACAAAAUAUCCGCCUGGAAUUACUUUGCAUAAUUGUGAAGAAAGUAUUUCUAAAGAACUGCAUAGUGAAGACCCCCUUCAAAAAACAAUUAGAACUGAUUGUGAAUGUUCUGAUUAUGAUUUUGCAGUGAGUUCCAAAAUUACAGGUAAUACCCCUGAUAUUAAUCCAACUAAGAAGAUUGCAGUUACUUCAGGUUUGACAUCUGUUGGAACGGCUGGCGCUUUACUUCUAUUAUAUAAGGUAAUUAAUAAACAAUAA